AGAUUCUUCAGAAUUAUUUAAACACGAAAUUGCUUAUUGUUUGGGGCAAAUGCAGCAUUUUUCCGCCAUUCCGACCCUCAUUAAGAUUAUUGAAGAUUGCACUCAAGAAGCUGUUGUCCGACAUGAAGCAGCCGAGGCGCUCGCUGCAUUUCGCGAUCCGAAAUUUAUAGAGGUUUUAAGAAGAUUUACGAGUAGCGAAUGCGUGGAAUUGGCGGAAACUUGCAAGAUUGCAGUCGAUUAUUUAAAAUGGAUUUCGGAUUUACAAAGCGACCAAGAAAAGUCAAGUGUGAGUGUCUUUGGGACGCUCGAUCCCGCUCCUCCUCUUGAUAAUAAAAUUGAUAAUGCUGCCGGUCUUGAUGAGAUUGCUCGUAUUUUCAUGGAUACCAACCAACCGCUGUUUAGCCGCUACCGAGCGAUGUUUUCUUUAAGGAAUAUCGGCACUCGUGAAGCUGUUGAGGUUCUUAUUGAGGGUUUCAAAGAUUCCAGCGCCUUAUUUAAACAUGAGAUUGCUUUUGUAUUUGGGCAACUUCAAAGCGAGUACGCCGUCCAGUCGCUAAUGAAUGUGUUACGCGACGACACCGAGCAUCCUAUGGUGCGACACGAGGCUGCUGAAGCGCUUGGCGCUAUUGCUUCCCGUAAAGAGAUAUAUACUUUACUAAAGGAAUUUUCUGCAUCGCACCAUCCACGCAUUAUUAGAGAAAGUUGCCACGUGGCUUUGGAUAUGUAUGAAUAUGGGAAGUCUGAAGAGUUUGAAUAUACUUUGAACCACUUUUCUUAA